AACCACGAAAAGUUCGAGUGUGAACGUACCAUUUGCACCAUUUGGGAAUCGAUCGAACGAAAAAGUAGGUGGCAAUGGCUUUCGGUGAUUAUCCCGCGGAGUACAAUCCGAAGGUCCACGGUCCGUACGAUCCGGCCCGUUUCUACGGCAAACCCGAUACCCCGUUCGGGCAGGUAAAGCUCAGCGAGCUGGGCUCCUGGUUCGGUCGCCGUGACAAACACCCACGAGCUGCCGCCGGAGCCGUCAGCCGUGCCUUCUGGAGAUGGCAACACAAGUACUGGCAGCCGAAACGCAUGGGAAUCGCUCCCUUCUUCCAGGUGAUUGUCGGCGGAAUGGUCUUUUUCUACACCAUCAACUACGGCAAGCUGAAGCACCACCGAAACUACAAGUACCAUUAGAAGGUUGAAAAAGGAAGAACAGCACGAAGCCAGCCAGCAAUAAUGGUGUGUUAUGUAAGAUCUAACAUUGUUGGUUUUUGUGGCGAAGAUCAGCAGCUGGCUCCAGCAAGAUAUUGUAGACAUGGUUCGGAAUAAUUACAAAAAUGCGAUCAAGUUGAUUUCUAGUGUAAUUUGAUUCGGGAAUAAAAUUAUGUAAUUGAAGAAAAAUAAAUGUGUGAAGGCA